AUGAGUAACCCCAAUGAUCAGUAUGACGCCGAAGACACAUCAAAGCGAGCAAAAUGCUGUGGCAUGGAACGUGAAUCAUUUUCUCCUGAUAUUCCGCUAGAUAGCGGCAUUUUUUAUUCAUGCGAAAAUGAUCCCCAAGGUGCUGUUCCAAACGAUCUACCUGGAUGUCCUUUUUCAUUUGGUGGUUGCAACACAAACUCCUUACCAUACGGAAUUCUUGGUCUGAUGGUCCAUAAAGGAGUGAGCCUAGCUAGCAACACUGGCUCUGGGCACGUGGGACCUGCUGAGUUGGACUUGAUGCUCGCCAAAGUUGAGUUUGUCAUAACUGUUCACAGUCCGUAA